AUCAAUCGAUCAGAGAGAGGAAGAUGGCGGUGGAUGGAGUUAUGGUCAGCGGGGCAGGAUCGAUCACCGAAAAACUCGAUUGGGUUGUUUUUUCUUAACGGAGUGAAACACUCCAUAUCACUGCAUGAGCAGCACUUUGAACUCGGCGCGAAAAAGAUACAACAAGAAGCGGUCCGCAGAGCCCGUGCCUGCCCACCAGCCUCUUCCACCAUCCCCAGCCUUUGGGACGAUGGAGUUCCCGUGGCACAGUGGGAAGGUUCUGGAGCAGCUUAACCGCCAGCGCAAGCAGGGCCUGCUGUGUGACUGCACCUUUGUUGUGGACGGGGUGGACUUUAAGGCCCACAAAGCUGUGCUGGCCGCCUGCAGUGUCUAUUUCCGCACCCUCUUCCUGGACCAGAAAGAUGUGGUGCAUCUUGACAUCAGCAAUGCAGCAGGUUUGGGUCAGGUCCUGGAGUUUAUGUACACUGCCAAGCUGACUUUAAGUCCACAGAAUGUAGAAGACGUGCUGGCUGUUGCAAACUUUCUACAGAUGCAAGAAAUUGUAAACGCCUGCUCUGCGUACCAGUCAAUGGCAAAUCCAGCUCCAUCCCUCAUAACACUGGAUUUCGCCGUUGAAGAAAAACAAGGUGAAGUAGAGCAGAGAGAGGAACUGGAGAGUGACCUGGCAGAAGUGGCAUCUCAAGCAGAGGAGAGUCCUAGUAUCCCCUCAGAAGAUAAAGAGCCCCCACAAAAUCAGGAAACUGUAAAGGAAGACAUCUCCACUGAAACGCAUCAGACUGUUUCCAAGCCCAGCCCCACCAGAACUCACUCAGGCCGUGGACGACACCCCAAAACCACCCCUAUUUCUGCUCAAAAGAAGAUAUCUGUAAAGAAGGAAGAAGGAAGUCCUGCACAAGAUGCACCUGGAUUUCAGGACGACCCCUCCGAUGCUGACUACGCGCCCAAAUCACAGUUGAAAUCCGCUGGUAGCUCAUCCUACAUGAGCUCUCGAGGGAGAAGAAUCCGAAAACCUCCUCGACGAAACUUCCCACCUGACAAUUACUCAGAGGAAGAAGGCACAUCAAAGAAAAAAUCUGAGAAGAAGGUGGCGGAGCCGGCAGAAGAGGCCGGAGAACAGCAGGACGACUGUGCAGAGACUGGCGACGGGGAAGCUGAUGAUGAAGAGGGGUCUGGAGAAGAAGACGAUGAGGGUAGCGAGCAGGUGGAUGGAGUCGAUUCGGGCAGCGAGAGAGAUGGGAGACAAACUCAGUCAGCGUCUAUGAGCAACCGAUCGGAGUCGAAGCCUUACAGCUCCGUGACACACAAAUGUGAGGACUGUGGGAAGAAAUUCACCCACACUGGUAAUUUCAAGAGACACAUGCGUAUUCACACAGGAGAGAAGCCGUUCAGCUGUCGGGAUUGCAACAAGGCUUUCUCUGACCCUGCAGCGUGUAAAGCCCAUGAGAAAACACACAGCCCUCUGAAGCCGUACUGCUGCUCGACUUGUGGAAAGAGCUACCGCCAGAUCAGCCUGCUCAACCUGCACCGCAAACGCCACACGGGCGAAGCGCGAUACAGCUGCGAAGUGUGCGGCAAGCUCUUCACCACGUCCGGCAACCUGAAGCGCCACCAGCUGGUGCACAGCGGCGAGAAGCCGUACCACUGCGACUUCUGCGAGAAGGCCUUCUCUGACCCCACCGCCAAGAUGCGACAUCUGGAGACGCACGACACAGAGAAGGGCAACAAGUGUGCGUACUGCGACAAACGCUUCAACCAGCCAGGAAAUCUGAAGGCCCACCUAAAGAUCCAUAUCACAGACGGGCCUCUCAAGUGCAAGGAAUGUGGCAAACAGUUUACUACCUCAGGAAAUCUGAAGAGACACCUGCGAGUCCACAGUGGGGAGAAACCGUACACCUGUAUGCACUGCCAGAGAGCUUUCAGUGACCCUGGAGCUCUGCAGCGGCAUGAACGCAUCCACACAGGAGAGAAGCCCUGUGUCUGUCCUAUCUGUGGCAAGGCCUUCACCCAGGCCAGCUCACUCAUCGCUCACGUCCGCCAGCACACCGGAGAGAAGCCCUACGUGUGUGAUCGCUGUGGCAAAAGGUUCGUGCAGUCCAGUCAGCUGGCCAAUCACAUCCGGCAUCACGACAACGUCCGGCCGCACAAGUGUCAGAUGUGCAACAAGGCAUUUGUUAAUGUAGGAGACCUGUCGAAGCACAUUAUCAUUCACACAGGGGAGAAACCUUUUCUGUGUGAUAAAUGCGGCAGAGGGUUCAACCGGGUGGAUAAUCUGCGCUCCCACGUCAAAACCGUCCACCACGGCAAGGCCGGCAUGAAGCGGCUGGUGUUAGCCGAGGGCAACACGGACGAGGGGGCUGAUGGGUGCGCAGGGGCAUCUACCUCUGAUAGCGAGUUCAACAUAGUUACCGUCACCACAGAGGACAUCGUCACCCUGGCAACCGAGGCCUUGGCAGCCAGUGCUGUAGCUCAGCUGACAGUAGUUCCAGUGGCUACUUCAGUGUCUGCAGAUGAGACGGAGGCUUUGAAAGCGGAAAUCACCAAGGCAGUGGAGAAAGUGCAAGAAGCAGAUCCCAACACCCAGAUCUUGUACGCUUGUGAUUCAUGUGGGGAUAAAUUCUUGGACGCCAGCUCCCUCGCCCAGCACGUCCGCAUCCACACAGCUCAGGCCUUGGUCAUGUUUCAGGCAGAUUCCGACUUCUACCAAUACACCACAGCCACUGCCGCUGAGGGGGCUUCUGCCUCGACAUGGCAACCAACGUCUGGACAAGUCAUCCAGGAAGGAGAGCUGAUCUUCCGUGCCCAGGAUGGACAGGGAGAGGCAGAGGGAGGGAUGGUGGUGGAGACACAAGAAGAAGAAGAAGAAGAAGAAGGGACAGGAGGGGUGAUCCAUGAGGAGGGGAGGGAGGAUGAAGAAGUGGAAGCCCACACUGAGCUCCAUACAGAAGGAAACGAUGAAGCUGCAGCAGAGGUAGAGGAGGAAAUAGAAGAGGAGAUGGAAUGUGAGAGUCAGGCGUAGUUUUGUGAAGAAUGUAUGAAAUAUUGCUUAACAGAAAUCUAAUUUAUACACAAAAAGAAAAUAUAAGAAAUAAAAGCAGUUAAUGAGACCUAAGAUAUUCAACAUGCCAUGAUGGUAAAAAUGUAUCUAUACAGGAUUCAUAACAUACAAUUCUUUAUAAACAAUUAUAUUUUAGAAUUUAUGGUCACAAAUCAUGUAUUUUGCAGUCGGAAAAGAGGUGAGAUCCUAGUGAGAUCCAAUGAUUUGGUGGAUGUUGUUGAGAAUUCCUCCAGCGAUAGUUAUACCACUUUGUAUAGUUUGUUUAUUUUAUUAGACUGAAAUGCAGAAUGAUGCUGUGUCCUUUGUGUUUAGAUCACAAUUCUGUCUUACCCUUAUUGACUUAAAGAAAGACCUCUGUGUUAUUUUUCCAUUUCACUCAGAUGAGAUAUGUAGAUUUUCCUUAAAUAGUCAAACUAUUUUAUUGUACUUAGUUGUAAGUAUUUUCAUGAAAACCCCAUUAUACAGAGAUUAUAUACAUGGGGGUACUAAAGAUUUAUUUGGGGAGUGAUUAUUAAUUCCUCCGUUUUUCCAGAAGUGGGAUGUCAUGAACUGGGAAACAAUGUAAAUGCUGUGCAUGUAUACUAUUUGUAUAUUUGUUAGAAAACAAACAUAAAAAGAAAUGCGUGCGGUGAUGAUAACCUGGUCAACAAUUCUCAGUUUCACAUUGAUAUCAAUAUUUUUUUUUUCUGGUAUUGCAGUAAGCUAUACAUUGGUAGAAGACGGUUUCCUGUCACCAAUGAUUUUAUUUCAUUAUUUUGUCUGUUUAUAUUAACACAUGCAAUAUGCCCUGUUAGAUAUCAGUAACAUUGCUUAGACUCACUGAAAGUCAUCAUCUCGUCAAUAAAGAAUCAUCACACACCUGA